AUGGCUUCUCGAAAGGAUGCUAAGGUUAAUCCCAAAAGCAGUUCCUGUGACUCUGCAAAUGCAGAAUGUGCAGCCAGAGCUGACGGUCAAAAUACUAAGACUAAGGAAGCAAGCGGCAGACGGAGAAAGCAGGGCAGUCAGCAAGACCAAAGCUUAUCAAUGGUCUACGUGAAGGCGAUUCAGGGCAUCCCAGGACCAUCAGUGCCAGGAGAGGCUGCCGCUAGUACAAAAGGGAGUGCAGCAGAGCAGCCCAGCCCUGGAGAAAGGCGAGCCAGCUGCAUCCCCUUCUCUGGUCCUCACGGAAAAAUGUCAGCCUCAGAGGUCGGAGUGGAGAAUAUAGAGAUUAGAGGCUUCUAUAACAGAAGAAGGAUGAUACAGCCUGAGCAGAAGCCACUUGGUGACCCAAAGUCAUUCUUUUCUGAAAAAGGCUCUUCUGCCCUAAAAUUUCCAGACAGCCAUGACCAUUCUUCAGAAGUCGCAAAACAUCAAGACUGCGGUGUGGUAAUCGAGCACCUUUCUUCAGGAAGUGACUGGUCUGAUGUGGAUGAGCUUCCUGCAGUCAAAUUGCCUCAGGAAGAGCUAGACUCACUCAGUCUGGCAGAAACUUCAAAGCCUCCAUCCUUCAUAACUGAGCAGGAUACCUACUGGCCUAAUUUGUACAGUGGCCCUUGGCAUGACUCCGCCAGCUACUGGCCCAGCAGUUCCAAGCCUCCUUGCUAUUCUUCCAUGGGCCGCAGCAGCAGCAACAGCAGCACAUCCCUGGCUGGAAAGAGCAGCCAGAGGUGCUGGAGUGAUUAUUCCUCCAGUUUGCAAGUGCCCUCCUCAGACUGGUCCAGAGAGUUGAAGGCAUCAGAAGGUCAGUCCCUAAGUUCUCGUUCAUUUCUUUUCUCUAGAGGUUCAGAAACCAAGGUGAAGGAGGGGAGAUGGCAUCUCCAAGAGGAGACCCCACCACAUCAUCGUGGAGGAUAUGCAUCUUGUUCCCUGCCAAAGAGCCAGUGGGAACAAAGCCUACAGGAGGGUUUCAUUGAUACCCAUUGUCACCUGGAAAUGCUGUUUUCCAAGCUGUCUUUCAAAGGGACCUUCAGCAAGUUCAGACAAGUUUAUAGCCGCUCCUUCCCUAAGGAAUUUCAAGGCUGCAUCUCUGAUUUCUCUGAUCCUCGCACACUAAAGAAUGGUCUAUGGGAGGAGGUGUUGAAAGAGGAUAUGAUUUGGGGGGCCUUUGGCUGUCACCCCCAUUUUGCAAGUUGCUACAGUGAUAUUCAAGAAAGAAACAUUGUGCAAGCCUUACGGCACCCCAAGGCUAUAGCAUACGGAGAAAUUGGCUUGGAUUAUUCCUAUAAGUGUGGCACACCUAUCCCAGAGCAGCACAAGAUAUUUGAGAAGCAGCUACAGCUGGCCGUGUCUCUAAAGAAGCCCAUAGUGCUCCACUGCCGAGAAGCUGACAAAGAUCUGCUGGGCAUCAUGAAAAAACUUGUGCCCCCUGACUACAAGAUCCAUAGGCAUUGCUUCAUUGGUAGUUACCAAGUCAUCGAGCCUUUUCUGAACUACUUCCCCAACAUGUUCGUGGGCUUCACAGCAGUCCUGACUUACCCUUCUGCCUGGGAGGCCCGGGAUGCUGCGAAAAAGAUCCCGCUGGAGAGAAUCAUCGUGGAAACUGAUUCUCCCUACUUCCUCCCUCGGGGGUUUUCUAAAAGGUUUUGCCGGUUUUCCCAUCCAGGUCUGGCCCUGCAUACGAUUGAAGAGAUUGCCAAAAUCAAAGGUCAGCCAAUCUCUCACACCUUGGUUACCAUACGAGAGAACACUAGGCGCCUCUACAAUAUUUAA